CGGUCCCGGCCGCCCAGUGCGCAAGCGCGACGGGGCGGUGCCCAGCCUCGGCCGCCCCGCCCCAGUCGCCGACGUCACUGGUCGGCGCCGCGCAGCGUGACGUCCCUGAGGCCCGCCUUCCGGAAGGGAGCCCGAGCGGCUGACGAUGGCGACCGCCGCGGAGCAGUGGGUCCUGGUGGAGAUGGUCCAGGCGCUCUACGAGGCUCCUGCUUACCAUCUUAUUUUAGAAGGAAUUCUAAUCCUCUGGAUAAUCAGACUUCUUUUCUCUAAAACUUACAAAUUACAAGAACGAUCUGAUCUUACAGUCAAGGAAAAAGAAGAAUUGAUUGAAGAGUGGCAACCAGAACCUCUUGUUCCUCCUAUCUCAAAAGACCAUCCUGCUCUCAACUACAACAUUGUUUCAGGCCCUCCAAGCCACAGCAUCGUGGUGAAUGGAAAAGAAUGUAUAAACUUUGCCUCCUUUAAUUUUCUUGGAUUGUUGGAUAACCCUAGAGUCAAGGCAGCAGCUUUGGCAUCUCUAAAGAAGUAUGGUGUGGGGACUUGCGGACCUAGAGGAUUUUACGGCACAUUUGAUGUGCACUUGGAUUUGGAAGACCGCCUUGCAAAAUUUAUGAAGACAGAAGAAGCCAUUAUCUACUCGUAUGGAUUUGCCACCAUAGCCAGUGCUAUUCCUGCUUACUCUAAGAGAGGGGACAUUGUGUUUGUAGAUAGAGCUGCCUGCUUUGCUAUUCAGAAAGGAUUACAGGCAUCACGUAGUAACAUUAAGUUAUUUGAGCAUAAUGAUAUGGCUGACCUGGAGCGACUGCUAAAAGAACAAGAGAUCGAAGACCAAAAGAAUCCUCGCAAGGCACGUGUAACUCGACGUUUUAUUGUAGUUGAAGGCUUAUACAUGAAUACUGGCACCAUUUGUCCUCUUCCAGAAUUGGUUCAGUUAAAAUACAAAUACAAAGCCAGGAUCUUUCUGGAGGAAAGCCUUUCGUUUGGAGUGCUGGGGGAGCAUGGCCGAGGAGUCACUGAGCAUUUUGGAAUCAAUAUUGAUGAUAUUGAUCUCAUCAGUGCCAACAUGGAGAAUGCACUUGCUUCCAUUGGGGGCUUCUGCUGUGGCCGGUCUUUUGUAAUCGACCAUCAGCGCCUUUCCGGUCAGGGAUACUGCUUUUCUGCCUCGUUGCCGCCCUUGUUAGCUGCUGCUGCCAUUGAGGCCCUCAACAUUAUGGAAGAGAAUCCAGGUAUUUUUGCAGUGUUGAAGGAAAAGUGCAGACGAAUUCAUAAAGCUUUACAAGGCAUUUCUGGGCUGAAAGUGGUGGGGGAGGCCCUGUCCCCAGCCUUCCACCUGCAGCUGGAAGCCAGCACUGGGUCCCGUGAGCAGGACGCCAAGCUGCUGCAGGAGAUCGUCCGGCAGUGCAUGGACCGGAGCAUCGCCCUCACCCAGGCGCGCUACCUGGAGAGAGAAGAGAAGUGCCUCCCGCCUCCAAGCAUUAGGGUGGUGGUCACAGUGGAGCAGACGGAAGAGGAGCUGGAGAAAGCUGCGUCCACGAUCAAGGAGGUAGCCCAGGCGGUCCUGGGCUAGUCCCGGAGGCUCAGGGCUGGCCGCCCGGCACACAGCCUCGCCACACGUCGGAGGCCUGCACCGGCUGACUGGGCAUCGGGCGCGGUGGCUGCAGCCUCUGCCUGACCAUGCGAAGGAUGAUGGUUAUUUUUACAAAGAAAACAUCUAAAAGCCCAGGAACUGAUGGUUGUUUUUUAAGGAAAACUGGUGAAAGCAUACAACUGUGUGAAAUCAUGCUGUUUAGUGCUAUCUAAAUGUUCAUUAUACUAGUAUUUUAUAUUCUUCCUUUUGUUCUUGUCAUUGUUUAAAAAUGGAGCUUCAGUUACCGUCCCUCCCUCCUAGGGAAGACUGGACACUCCUCAGGGCUUCCGAGGGAGCGCCCAGUGCGGCCUGGAGAAUCCGACCGCAGGUCCGGCUCCGCCCCUCGCUGCAGGCUGCGCCUUGGGCGCUCCGUGUGGCUAACAUACAAAGGAACACUUCUCUGUGCAGUUAUUAUAAACUGCUCAUUCCAUUUGAAUCCUAAAAUUCUUACAAACACUAAGUAUUGCCGUUACACCAUUUCUGACAGCUAGUCUUAGCCUCUACCCAGAGAACUUAAAUCAGAUCCCGUUCUGUUUUCAUGAUUGACCUUUCCAUUUACUACGGGGAGAUCUAAUCUGUUUUAGGAAGAGGGUUCUUGUGACGAUCCUGUGAACCAUGCCCUCGAUGUUCUAGAAUAUCGUGAAUGGAUUCCUAGGGACAUAGAACCGCAGGCUUUGUCUAAGCUACGGAAAAUGAGAAGUUUUUUCUUCUCAGGUGACUGAUUCCAAAUAUCCAAAAAUAAUAUAAAGCACUAAAAACUACAUUAUGAAGCUGUCCCUCAGCUGUUUUCCCUUAGCAAGCCCAGUGAGGUGGUGUGAAUAUUUGUUGCAGGCACCCAUGUUGCAUAAGUAUUAAACUUUUUUUCCCUCUUACUAACAGUGAAGGAAUGAAAUUGUAGAAAUGUCAUUUUUAUAACCUGUGUUCAUCCUUUAAAAUAACACCUUUUUAAAAUGUGGUUUUGAUUUUGCUUGAGGUAAUUCGUCCAUACGGCCUUAUGGCUGCUGCUGCUGCUCACAGGUACAGGGCUCUUCGCAGGGUGAAUCUGUUUUGUUUGUUUGUUAACGAAAAUAAAGUUACAUUUCUGAUAA